UCAACAACGAUUGUGAAUUUGGCCUUUAGCAUCUUCCUCAUAGACCAUAAUGAAUGCCAAUAAAUUGCUUUUUAGAGUAAAGGAUAUUACAUCCUCUUUCAAAUCUUGUCGAUUCAUGACUAAAAAAGGAUAAAACCAUUACCGACACUAUACUCUCACCCCCUUGACCCCUUCAAUUCAAUCUAUCAACCACCUGCAAAUCCAAUUCAACACGCUUCAUAAAAACCCCACACUGUUACCGUUUGUUUGUUCUUUUCCGUUAACUCCGCAUUUAAAACCCUUCCUUCCCACGCAACUGAAAUUACUAAAAUACCCUCAUUCCCACCACUACCCUCAUUUCACAGUAAACCAAAUUCCGCUUCUAGUUCUAUUCCAUUUCCAUGGCAGUUGGAAGAACGCAACUAACUGCCAACACUUUUUCUACAGCGAGAUAUUCACAAUCACAAUCGCGAUUCUCCGAUUUGACUCGGUUAUGGAAAGUUUGACUCGGAGCUUAUUGUUGUUGACUCAGUUUGAAAUUCUUUCGUCAAUGAUAGUUCCGUGUUUGGAUCGUUGUUCGUUUUCAGCUUCUGCUGAUUUUUGUUCAUAGUGCCGUUGAUUUGUUCUGGAUUCUGUGUAGAUCUGAACCGUUCGGAGCAAUCAACGGCGUCAGUCAUGUUAAUCGAUAUAUUAAAAAAGGUCCAGGGCUCAUUGCUGUUAUGGAUGCAUAUAUUAUCUUACAUGGUAUUUAUGAUCAAGUUUGGUGCAUGUGGCGAAACACUGGAACCUCCAUUGCUAUCCGCAGCCAGGUCAUCUUUGAAACACUGGAACUCCCACGGGUCUAAGUAUGUGCUUUCUCAUGGUGCAGCAACAACUGGAGCACUGUCCCCGGCCAACCCUCCUUCUUAUGGCCCUUUCAUAAACCCUAGUCACGCCCCUAAAAGUUCACAUUUUUCCAUCCAAUUUAAGAAGAGGAGUGAAUGGAAACCUCCAAUUUCUGGAUUUAAAGAUAUUGCUCCUAUUCAUUCUACAGAAGCUGCAGUGCCUUCUGUUUUGGCUCAGCCACCGUUGACCCCUCAUGUUUCCAAUUGUUGUAAACAAGACAUGGUGUUGAAACGAGGCGGUAAGGGUUGCCACUGUGUAUAUCCCAUAAAGCUAGACAUUCUUCUUUUGAAUGUCUCUCAGAAUCCUGAUUGGGAUAAAUUUCUUGAAGAAUUAGCUACCCAGCUAGGGUUACAAAAUAAUACCCAGAUUGACCUGAUAAACUUUUAUGUGAUCAACUUUUCAACAUUAAAUAUCUCAAUGGAUAUUACUCCACAUAAAGGUAUCAGUUUCUCUGCCAAUGAAGCUUCUAAAAUAAACUCUUCACUGUCAAUGCAUAAGGUGCGCCUAGACCCUGGAUUAGUAGGUGGGUACAAACUUCUCAACAUAAUCUGGUUUGAACCUCCACCUCCGGCUCAAGCACCUACUUUAACUGCUUCGCCAGAGAAAGCACCUUUGUAUCAUUCACCUACGACUACAUCAUUGAGUUCUUCAAAUAAGGGAGGGCAUUCAAAUCUAUUUCUUAUUCUUGGAAUUGCUAUUGGCAUGCUCUUCAUUGCAAUUGUAUCUAUAUUAAUAUUCUGUUUGUGCACGUUGCUGUCAAAGGAAAAAACACCCCCCACUGAAACUGAAAAGCCAAGGACAGAGAAUGCUGUUUCAGCUGGGGGCUCUAUUCCCCACCCAACCAGUACACGAUUUAUUGCUUUUGAAGAACUUAAAGAAGCCACAAACAAUUUUGAACCUGCAAGUGUACUUGGAGAAGGAGGGUUUGGUAAGGUUUUCAAAGGUACCUUAAGUGAUGGUACUUCUGUUGCAAUUAAGAGGCUUACAAAUGGAGGGCAACAGGGUGACAAAGAGUUUUUGGCUGAGGUUGAAAUGCUUAGUCGGUUGCAUCAUCGUAACCUUGUAAAAUUAGUGGGAUACUAUAGUAAUCGUGAGUCGUCACAAAAUCUACUUUGCUAUGAGCUUGUCCCUAAUGGAAGUUUGGAGGCUUGGCUUCAUGGUCCCAUGGGAAUAAAUUGUCCUUUAGAUUGGGACACCAGAAUGAAGAUUGCACUCGAUGCUGCAAGAGGACUUUCGUACCUACAUGAAGACUCACAGCCAUGUGUAAUACACAGAGAUUUCAAAGCAUCCAACAUAUUGCUCGAAAAUAAUUUUCACGCUAAGGUUGCAGAUUUUGGUCUUGCUAAGCAGGCGCCUGAAGGCGGAGCUAAUUAUUUGUCUACUCGUGUCAUGGGCACAUUUGGGUACGUAGCUCCUGAGUAUGCCAUGACCGGACACCUACUUGUUAAAAGUGAUGUGUAUAGCUAUGGAGUUGUCUUGCUAGAACUGCUCACCGGAAGGAAACCCGUGGAUAUGUCACAGCCAUCCGGACAAGAGAACCUUGUUACCUGGGCCAGACCGAUCCUUAGAGAUAAGGACCGAUUGGAUGAGAUUGCUGAUCCAAAGCUCGGGGGAAAGUAUCCAAACGAAGAUUUUGUACGCGUGUGCACUAUUGCAGCAGCGUGUGUUGCUCCUGAAGCAAACCAACGACCGACAAUGGGUGAAGUGGUACAGUCACUUAAAAUGGUGCAGCGAAUCACAGAAUACCAUGAUUCAGUGCUAGCCUCAUCCAAUACACAGACCAAUCUGAGACAGUCAUCUAGCACUUUUGAGUUUGACGGAGCAUCGUCCGUGUUUUCUUCAGGCCCUUACUCUGGUCUAAGUGCCGCCUUUGACAAUGACAACAUUUCUAGGACAGUGGUUUUCUCCGAGGAUCUUCAUGAAGGACGAUGAAUACCGAAAAAACUCGUAUGUAACCUUGUAAUUAGACCCAUUUAAUUCCUUGGCUAAAGGUUGAAUCAUAAGCCGCCAAAUUUUCCAACGUGAUUGAAACUUUUAGCUAUUGGUAAGUGGUUUGGGUGACAAGAUUUUAAUUAAUGAGUAAAAAGUGUAGUUAGCAGAUUGUGUUUU